CUGAAGAUUCAAAGGACAUGGUUUUGGUUCACGCUCUGUAGCUGUGGCCGCCGCAAAGUGGCGAGGCCCAAAGAAGUUCCGAGGAAGAGCAUUGUUCGAGGCGUUUUCUCCGUGCCGUUUUUUCCUUGGAUGCACCGUCGAGCACGGCGCGGCGAUGAUCUCGGGCUGAAUUGCAGGCAGCUGUGCAUCAGUGGUUCAGCUCCUGCGUUGCAGGUGGGUGGCUCGAGCCGAUCUUCCACGCCCGCCAAAGCCAAGAGGCGCGGUGCGCCGCACGCCGGGCUCGUGGGACAGCUCUCCUCCACCUUCGCCGCUCCACUAGAGGAGUGCUUCACCUUGGAAAAACUCCAUAGGGUGGCGCUCCAAAUCUCAGGGAGGCUCUCCUCGCAUCGGUUAGCCUUCGCAGCCUUGGUGGCGGCCGUCUCGGGACGCUGCACCAGCAUGCUGCGGAAGGGUUGGUCGAUGGAGGAGGCCACCGAGGCGUUACCGUUGCUGGGAGAUCUAUGGCAAGCAGGCCUUCUCUACGUCCCGGGCGACACCUGCCGCAGCGCCGUUGCCACGGCGCUGGCCACUCUGGUCUCGGGCGGCCGCCGCGAGACGCCGCCGAGGUCGCCCAGCGCCACGGCGCUAUCGGCGCUGUCGCGGCCGUCCUCCACGGGAAGUGGCAGCCAUGCGGUGCCCAGGGAAAACAUGGAGCAGCGACUGAAACGCUGGUGUCGGUCCUGUGAGAUCUUUGAAUCAGCUGCAUCAAUGGAGCUCCUCACAAGAGAAAGAUCCACUUUAGUGGAGGAUCAACUCUUUGAGGAGUUGAAACGCCUUUUAGCAGGUGCUCGAGAAGAAGACCUGCGGAAGGCCGCGCCGAAGAUCAAGUUGGGGAGCGUUCCCCUAAGUCGAGCCUCAGCGCUCAUGGUCAAGGCCAGAAGACCCCAUCAGCAGAACACCGGGAGCGCGGAGCCUUCCGAGCUGGAGUCUCUGAAGGUCUCAGAGACAAUCUCCGCCAUUGCUUUUGAGGUGGUCCGCAACACGGAAAUGGCCAGUGGCGAAACUGCCGUGGGCGCCAGAGCCGCGCUGGAAGAGAAUGGACUGGUCGUGCGUCGAGCAGGACAAGAGCGCGGAAACGGAAUCAUCGAGCGGCUGCCAGGGUCUUCCAGGUCGCCGCCCUCCACGCGGGGCUUUGUCAGUCCGGAGAGUGGCACGUUGAGCUCCAUGGAGUCAGGAGCGGCCUGGUAUUCUCCAGCAUCCAUCUGGAAAUCAAAGGAGGAAGGUCCAAGUGGCCUACCGGAAUUUGAUGCUUUUUCUGUAAGCCAGGGCGAACAUCUCAUCGCUGCUGCUCGCAAGGCCUCCCAGCUCUCUGCAUUGGAGGGCGGCCUACUUAGAUUGGAGGCAGCUCGUCAAGAGAUGCGUCGUGCCAAGGGCGGAAGCCUUGCGCUGCACCCCCUGGGCCGUUUGCAGGCCAUCGGUUUGUCAGAGGAGAGGCGCUGCUCCACUCGGACAUAGCUCAGACUCGGUGACAGAGCCGACUUCGCCGAGCGCAACGAGCGCAACGAGACAUGGGUUUUUCUCUAGGCACUGACGAUGUAGGUAACCCAG